GAUGUGGAGGGGAACUCGGAGCUUCCAUGGAUCCACCUUCACAGAGAUGCGGUGCCUUCUCGCACAGCUGACUGGGAACACAGGUAGUCCAUGCGAAGGGGGCUGUCUGCUGGCGUACUUGUUGAUCUCCGGGCGCAAACAGCGCGGUGCGACAUGCGGAGCGGGAAGCCGGGGGGUUGGCGGUUCGGAUCGUGCUGAGGAUCGGUCUCUGCCAUGUCGGAGGCAGACGAGGGGGAGAUGGGUUAAACCCUGGCAAUUGUAAACCAAUAUCGACGCCUCCUGCUUUUUUUUUUAAACGCCCCUGCUUCAUCUUCGCUUGUGGCUGCGGAUUGAUUGAUCACAGAGCUGAAAUCACAAUGAAAGAAAUGAACAUCAACAGUAGUCCAUAGUCCUGAGUGUUUGCAAGCUUCCUCAACUGAAAGUCAUCAUGGAAAAAUCUUUGGAUCUAAACAAAGUAGGUUCCCGGUCGACAUCAUCCCUGCCACCUGAGUCGGUGGACAUCAUCCGCAGUAAGUCUUGUUACCGUCGAGUCCGGCUGAAUGUUGGGGGUCUACCACAUGAGGUCCUGUGGCGAACGCUGGACAGGCUGCCACGGACACGUUUGGGAAAACUGAGAGACUGCAACUCCCAUGAUUCUCUGAUGGAGGUCUGUGAUGAUUAUAACCUGGAGGAGAAUGAGUACUUCUUCGAUCGACAUCCAGGGGCCUUCACGUCCAUUCUGAACUUCUACCGCACAGGCAAACUGCACAUGAUGGAGGAGAUGUGCGCUCUGUCCUUCAGCCAAGAGCUUGACUACUGGGGCAUUGACGAGAUUUAUCUGGAGUCCUGCUGCCAGGCGAGGUACCACCAGAAAAAGGAGCAGAUGAACGAAGAGCUGAAGAGAGAGGCUGACAAUUUAAAGGACAGAGACGGAGAGGAAUUUGACAACAGUUGUUGUGCAGAAAAACGGAAGAAACUUUGGGAUCUGCUGGAAAAGCCGAGCUCAUCUGUUGCAGCAAAGAUCUUGGCCAUCAUCUCCAUUCUCUUCAUUGUGCUAUCCACCAUUGCCCUGUCUCUAAACACCCUUCCAGAGCUGCAGGGCACUGAUGAGUUUGGCCAAUCCACAGACAACCCACAGCUAGCGCAUGUGGAAGCUGUUUGUAUUGCCUGGUUUACCAUGGAAUACCUACUUCGUUUUCUCUCCUCUCCCAAUAAGUGGAAGUUUUUCAAGGGUCCUCUCAAUGUCAUUGACCUGUUGGCGAUUCUACCCUACUACGUCACCAUCUUCCUAACAGAGUCCAACAAGAGCGUGCUGCAGUUUCAGAAUGUCCGCCGUGUUGUUCAGAUCUUCAGGAUUAUGCGUAUCCUUCGUAUUCUGAAGUUGGCUCGUCACUCUACGGGUCUUCAGUCUCUGGGCUUCACACUCAGGAGGAGCUACAAUGAGCUGGGUCUGCUUAUUCUUUUUCUUGCCAUGGGUAUAAUGAUCUUCUCUAGUCUUGUGUUUUUUGCUGAGAAAGAUGAAGAGGAUACAAAGUUCAAAAGCAUUCCAGCUUCUUUUUGGUGGGCCACCAUCACUAUGACUACAGUAGGGUAUGGAGAUAUCUAUCCCAAAACUUUGUUAGGAAAGAUCGUGGGGGGAUUGUGCUGUAUCGCUGGAGUGCUUGUAAUUGCCCUACCUAUUCCCAUUAUUGUAAAUAACUUCUCUGAGUUCUAUAAGGAGCAGAAAAGGCAAGAAAAGGCCCUUAAAAGAAGGGAGGCUCUUGAGAGGGCAAAAAGAAAUGGUAGCAUUGUUUCUAUGAACUUAAAAGAGGCUUUUGCUCGUAGUGCAGAACUCAUGGAUGUGGUGGUAGAAAAGAGUGAGAGACCUCAUGACAACCACCUCUCCCCAAGUCACUGGAAAUGGGCGUCCAAAAGAGCUGCAUCGGAGACGAGCUCAAACCGUUCUUUCAAUGCUCAAGAAAUAGGUUCCCCCUGCAAAGCUCGAGACACCAGUCCCCAAAGAUUGAAUGUUGAGAAACUAGAGGAGAUGUACAGCCAGAUGGUAAAGACACAGUCACAACCCAACCUAAAUGCAAAAGACAGAGGGUGCAGAGUUAUCAAACAUAGAGAUGAGAUAGAACUUGGAGCCAUUCAUGACCAUAGACCAUCGGUGCUAGAAGCCAAAGAUGGAGUGGGGGACAUGAAGAGCUUAUCCAGCAUUGAUAGCUACAUCAGUUGUGCUACAGAUUUUCAAGAGAAUCCCCGCUAUCCCCACAGUCCAGCACCAGACAUUGGUCUUAAAGAAAGCAACCGCUUCACUUUUGGUCCAGUUACAGCUUUGUCCCAGCACAUUAGUAAAAAUGUUGGCAGGCAAAUCAUAAGGCAACAUGACUCUGUGAAGAGUCCAGCAUCGAAGUCCUCAGGCCCAGAAAAUACAAGAAGAUUCUUCUUUUCUGGAAACUCCUCAAAAAGCCUUAAAGGGGGCUGCCGUAGCGACGGGGAUUCGGGGCUGUCCCCACUUUCAGACAGCUCAGUUGUCUCAGACCAGUCUCUGUUGAGUCCUGAGGCAUCUGUGUACACCACUGCCAGCAGCAGGACCCCCCCAAAGUCACCAGAAAGCACUGCCAUGGCCCCCACAGUCUUCACUUUCCACGACUCAUCAAUCAGCAAAUACAUCGAUGCAGAUACGGAUGAUGACGAGCACCUCCGGGACAUCACUGAGGCCAGUCCCUCCGAUCAUCUUCUGGCUAGUGGUAGCCCAAAACGCAGUAUUAACAUAAAUUACCAGAGGGGGACUAACCAUUUAGAAGCAGCCCAAAAGAUGUUGGGCCAAAACUGUUACUUUCCUCUUGAAGGUGUUCGUGGGAAAGCUCAUGAAAAUCAUAUAGGACCAGACCCUGCACGUAGACCAAAGGGUGAGAGGGGACGGCAAAAUACUUUGGACAAAAACCUUUAAGGUAUAACUUAUCAGAGACACAUGGAAAGCAGGUGAACAAACAUUUAAUGACAAAGUUACCUGACAAACAGAACCACUCAGCAAGCCAGAGACAAAGAAAGGCAUAGAGAAAAAACUCUCGUAUUUCACAAAUAACCUGAGCAUGCCGCUAGGGCAACAAACUUUGGGUCAAUAUAUGUUGAGAAUAGUUUGGAAGAAAAACACCUUAAGUUGAAGAAUGUCACUGCCCCUUCGUGCGGUUCAUUCCUGUGUGCUGUAUUUCACACCUACAAAACUAAAGAACACCCCCAAGUAGCCAAUGGGUUUGUUUAAAGAAGCAGAGUCUUCAGAGAGAUUGAGCUAUGGCUAUUACUGGAGUUUCACAACAAAAUAAUGAUUUUAGCCAAAGGGGGUUUUCUCUAUGUUCCAUCAAAAAAACAAAGUCCACCUCCCUGUAAUGACUCCCAGUUAAUUUUUUUAACUCUUGGGGACAUACCAGAGGACCUAAAAGCCUAUAAGCUACAUAUUGUGCCCUCUAUUCCCAAACCUGGCCUUAAUCAUUUACAUUGGUAAGGGUAUGCAUACGUGUGUGAGACAAUUUGAAAAUGAAUGGGUGAAUUAUGAGAAACUGAUGUAAACAAAAUCAUAAAACAGUGUAACCUGAUUUAUUUUUUAUAGAUAAGAGAAAGUCCCUUAUAUGGAAGUGAUUUGCUAGUCUACAAUGUCAGAUUUUUAUGUAAUACAUAAGGUUUAGUGUCUUCGCUUAAGGUCUGCAGUUAUCAUAGGUUUCCAGCUCAUUUUCCAUUACACUGGCAACCUUCACCUAAGCAUCUGUUCUGCUAUCCUUUAGGUUGCCAUGUUGUGUAUAGAAAGGAUGAACACAGAACAUGAGCCACUGAAAGUUUUUUUAGCAUCUUUGUAUGAUGUUUUGUGAUAAUAAAGAUGGACCUUGGGCUUCAAACAUGGGUUAAGAGAAGAAUAAAAAAUGUCUCAUUUGCUGCAGAAGGUGCACACUGAUAGCACAUGCAUGCAACCACAGUGUCAACAUAACAACUCAUGAUGAGUUAGCUGUGAUUACAGUAAAUAAAUGUUUUCUGUAGGCUUCUCUUGUAGUUUUUUGCAGCUUACUCACAUGAAAGUUUAGAUCUGAGAAAAAAGAUUCUCAGCAUGCUAGCCUUGAUAUGACCAACAUGAAGUUUUAAAUAGGAUAUGAGAACAAAAAAGUGGGCUUUUCUUUGUUUCUUAUAUGUUUUUUUAAAGUCAUUAACUCAAUUAGCACUGCCUAUACUCAAGGAUGAUUUUACCACUGUUUAUAUACAGUUGCCAGACUGGAUCCACCUCGCACAUGAAUGCGCACACACACACACACACACACACACACACACACACACACACACAUACAUCUCAAGGCUGCAUAGAUAUCAUUAUUUUCCAGGGGGACAGGAGUUGGCCAAAAUUCCUUUCAAGAGCAAAGCAAAGAUUUGUUAAUUAGUGUUGGAGAUCUGCAUGUCACAUGUGCUCUUAGGCAUGCAUAAAAAAACUCACUGAUAAACGACAUGUAGCUAUAAUGCGGCAAAUAUCUACUAUAGUUGCAUGUCACAGUCACUCCUCACUGUGCAUAUUUAUGAACAGUGUGUCGAUGCAAACAUAUGAUGUAAAAUUGAAAAAAUACUCCAUAUCCACAACUUUUGUAUUUUUAUAUCAUGUCUUAGAGAACUCAAUUCACCCUUAGAUACGUGUUUACACUGUCAUGUGCAGUGCUUUGAAAAACUGCUGCUUCCUAACAGAUUUCUUUUUUUUUUGUUGCUUUUUUGACACACUUAAAUGUUUCAGGUCACCCAAAAAUAUGUUUAAUGUCUGACAUAUCAAACCAGAGUAUAUAUUCAUGUGAUAAUUUGAUUUUCUCCUUGUGAAAUCAUGAAUUAGCUGGAAUUAACCUCAUUUUUUUUUUUUGUUCAAUUUCAGAAGCCACCCCCAGGGUUGAUUAUGGUCAGAUCUGUAGAAUAAAAAAAAUUAACACAACACUAGUAUCUGUCUGACAACAAGAAGUAUAAAAAAAGACCUCCCAACCCAAUUUAAGAUUCAUUCCCAUCAACACUUAACGACAGCCCAACCAUCUUCAAACAUGUUUAUGUGGUAAUUACAAUUACCCUUUGGACAAUUUGGUUUGUUUGUUUUUUUCAUUUAUUAUAGGAAAACAUCAUUCUAAUAUUGCAUUUUUUAUUUAUUCAAGUAAUCUUUGUUAAAUAAAAAAAAGUUUUUUCAUUAUCCGAAACAUUUCAGUGUGACAGAAAAAAGCAAAAACAAACAAAAUCUAUAAGGGAGUAAAACAUUUUCACUGCAGAGUAAUAUAAUAGGCGAGGUAAUGUCAAAAGACAGUCUUUAAUCCAAUAAAACAUCAUAGAAACAAGCGGUAUUUAAUCCAAACUUCUGACCUGGUAUCUGCUCCAUCUUGAUGUCUCAAUCACAAAGCAAACAACACCAAUGGCAGUAAGGAAUCAGUAAAAAAUGCUACUGUUACAUUAUUGAUUAAUAUUUGUUUUUUGAAGAACAGCUACAGACUACAAGGCAUACUGCCAUACAUAAUAAUUUUAACUGACUCACCCAAAGAUAAAAAGCAUUUUUUUAAGGCAUAUCUGCUAUCUAAAAUUUUAUAUAACAUCAAAAUGAUCAUAACCGCUUGUGCUUUCUUGACCAUCGCUGCAUCUACAUACUUUUUCUUUGUAAAUGAAAAAAGGCUCCACAGUUCUUACCCAUGACAGAGUGGUGGUUGCUACGCACCAUCAUCUUGCAGUUAGCACAAGGUCAUUGCUCCCCAACCUCAUUAUGCAAUGUGGACAAACCAUUUUAUAUCUCUUGGAAUAUUCCAUAAUCAAAUACUGUACAGUUUUGACAACGUAUUUAUAGAAUGCAGAAAUAAAUUGCAACUAUACCAGACAUACAUGAAACAUACCUUCCGUGGCAUGCUGCAUACUUUAUAUGAAUUUAGCAAUGCAUCAGCCAACUCAUACUUCUUUGUAUACUCUUCUGCGUCAUAAAUACCACCAGCUUCCAUGAGACAUGCAUAUUUAAUGACUAUGUGUCACAAACAGCACUGGGUUUUGAGAAUUGGCUGCUUUUUAUUUGUGCUGUAAUCAACUUUUCUUCUAAAUGAGUGAAUAAUAUCUGAAGCAGAUAAUAUGGCCAGACUGAUCAGCAGAGUGAUGCUGUUUGCUUGGCAGACCGGUGUGGGCACCAAAUUUGGCUCUGCGAGGAUUUGUAAGCUGAUCAAUCCCUUGUUUAUGUCAGCUUUUUGUUUGUUUGUUUUAUGUUUUUUCGAUCAUACAGACAUUUAGUUAAUCAGGCCCAGAGUCAUGUUGACCAGCUACAUCCCCUUCAUAAAUAAUUCAUUUCUAAUAAAAAAAAAAUCACGUCCUCAUCAUCUUCCGCUUCUCCAGGACCGGGUCACGGGGCAGCAGUCUAAGCAGAGACACCCAGACUUCCCGGGCCGGCCGAGAGACAUAUGCCCCUUUUCUACUGGCUCGAUUUGGCCAGCCCGGAACUGCUCCACAUGUUGUGUGUUGCAUUUCCAUGGACCCGCUUUUGCUCCGCUGAAGGGAACACCUCCUGGAGGCGCGGCUUUAAAGCAUCAUGUGUGGUGCUGCAUAACCGCGAUUUAAACACCCAACCGCCAAUGUAAAGAAAUAAAGACCGAAGGGCAUUACAAAAACAAGAAGUAAAACGUCUAUUGCCUGGGGAUUAAAUCUGCUGACUGCAUUGACAAUCCGAUUUGAUGAAUAGGAUUUUGACAUCCGUUUUAUUAAUAUUAUUAAAGAUUUCUCUUUCCCUUUAAGAGACUUGGAACGAUUUGAAUUAGGUCCCAUUUUAUUUCUAAUAGUUGUUGCCUAUAUAUUUAUGGUAUAGAGUCCUCAUUAUUGUGGCGGCUGCACGGUCCGUCUGUCGAUCACCCGCACCCCACAGGUCUUUAGUGGGCUGCAAUCAAAAGGUAUAAAAAAUUUUUUAAAUAAAGGAGAAGCUCUUAAUGAGCAAUGAAUGCUUUAUUCGUUUCACAAAGUAUAAUAAAACCAUAAUGCUGUCUGAACGUGAGAGAAAAAAUCUUUAACAACAGGUUAAAAAAAAUCUAAGUAUAAAAAUAUGUGAAACAUAGAAAAAAAUAAAUUAUAACUGGUGCUCCAGUUUAACAUAGAGGAUGCUUGUUAUUCCCUCUAAUACCAAUAAAACACAUAAUAAGGAAACAUUUAAUCUCCAUAGGGUUUCAGGGACUUGUAGAGUUGAUGCCUCCAUAGUAGCCCAAUACCUCUGGGGUACGUAUUCUAGAUUUCUCUUUUAAACUCUGUCAGGCUUUUAAGUCUACUUGCAUCACAUCAACGUUAACAGGAAUUACAAUAUUUGUAUCUAAAGAUUAAAGCCAUUUCCAGACCCAAACCAACUAAGUAAAGAACCCACUGAACUAACAUGAAUGUAGUUUUCAAAGUAAUAAUUGAUUCAGUAAACCAUGGUAUGACCGAUUUAGAUUUUUUUGUCUUGUGGUGAAAAGUGCAAUCACAAAUCCAAAUUCUGUUUCCAGUUUUAAUCACAGUAUUGGACCAUUUCAUAUUGCUCUCCCUUAGUGAGAAGAGCUGAGGUGUGAAAGGAAUAGCAAUGACUGAGGAGCAGAGGGGAGCCGAGCUAGUUUGUGUCUGUGUGCGUGUGUUACCACUGGGAAGCAUUAAGCAGCUAGGGUGCUGCUUAAUGGAAAAGAAUUAACUGUUUUUGAUGGGAAUGUGUGUGCGUGUUGGUGGAGUCCUGUUUUUGUUUGCUCCCCAAGUACAUGUGCUAUUCUGACUGAAACAAAAUCCAGUUAUAACAACCAGAGAAAUAUAAAGAGAAAAAAGAGAAUAUUUUUUCCAUGAGGCAAAGAUACAUUUUUCAUAUUGAAAAUAACAUAUAUAGGAGUAAGAAAAACAAUUACACAAUCCAACCUGUAUUACAGUGUUUUGUAUUUUUUAGGUGGAAAAGUCAAUAAACUGUUAUUUUAACAAGUGCUCAGUUAUAGCAGACAUACUGCUAAUACCUGGAAAUGAAAUGAUGUGAAAACAUUGCCAUAGUCCUAAUUCUUGAACUGUGUUGCACAAGAACAAAUGGAGGGUAUUGCACAUUUUCUCAGAUGGACAAUGAAAAUGGCAUUAAUUACAUUCAUAGACAAAUGUCUCCUUCUUUCAGUGUAUUUCAUAACAUUACUUGAAUUUAAAGGCUUCACUUCUGUAAAAACACCUGCUAAUCAUUCAUAACCAGCAGUCCAGUGUUUGUCAUCUUUCACUAUAUGUUACCCCCUAAAAAGAAAACACCAGACAGUCAGAGCUGUCCUUCAGAUUGAACAAUGUAACUUAAAAAAAAUAUUUUUUCAGAUAAAUGGCAUCCAGUUCACGCAACUCCUCCUGAAAGCAUCCUGUGAUCUUUUCAGUUCGGUUUUCUAUACCACAGUAUAGUCAGGGACCACUAUUGCUGAAAUAUCUCUGAACAAUGAUGACAAUCAAUAUUUCAUCACAAGGCAGCAAGCACUGCCUUAGAGAGUCGAGAUUUAUUUUGGAGAUAUGAAACUAAAUUUACAGCCAUGCACAAACACACUCUUGCUCAAACAAGCACCCGAAUCCCAAACAGUGUUGAAACUUUUAAGCUUUUUAGACAAGAAAACGUUAAACAAGAUGUUUAAUUUGAUACUUAGACUGUGAUACUGUGACACAUAACAAACAUAUUGCUACAAGUCACAAUGUAUGUUCUUACAAUUUAUUCUUUUUUAAAAUUUACUAACAAGAUUGUUUUUAAAUGUUAAAGUGGGUUUGUGUGGGAUAGUUAUCAGCAGUUAGUAUCUUAUGUAGUAGAUAGUUCUCAAAAUGUUGUUUGUUUGGAGAAAGAGAGAUUAUUUUGGCCUAGAAAAUCAAACUAAUGUGUUGUUUAAUUUGAAAAUGUCUUUCUACCAUCUUAAAACUCAAACUUAAUUAGGUUUUUUGCUUUACCAGCCAAGCUGUAACCAUUUUGGAAAUCUUUAAACUGUGUUUGCAUAUGAUGGUUAUUCAAUUAAGUUCAGUUUAUUUAUGUAGAGACUAUUUGUAACAAAUACAAUUUUAAAUCAUUCUACAAGAAAAAAAAGUCAAAUUCAGAUCUAAUUGUAUAAAAAAUGUAUACCGGUAAUCAAAUUUAUUAAUUUCAUACCAAUACAAUGCAAUCAAAUUCAGAGUUUUAGAUUUGCUUACCUAUAGUUCAAAUUAAACUUAAAUAUAAUAUCAUGCAGGCAAAUUCAGUUGAUCACCAAUUGGUAAAAAUCUAGAAAAGCCUUUCUGACAGAAUUAAAUUAUUGACUUUGCAGCAAUCUGUCAUCCUGAGCAAGCAUGUGGCCACAGUGAAAGGAACAAUUUUCUUAUAGCACAGGAAAACCAUGCUGCUGGCUCAGUAUGAGUGGCUUUCUGCAUAGACAUCUGUGAGUAUUUAAACUGAAGAGCCAGGCAAAGAACAAUUGGGAAAUAUGAGUCUGUCUAAAAAUCAAUAAAACAAAUCUCAAAUAAGCUACUACAAAAGUUUACUUUAUUAAAGCCCACGUUUAUAAAACAUUAGCUAUUUUGGAUGUGGACCAACAUGGUCCUUAGUGUAAACAACAAAAGACCUGUGAUGGGAGCUGUUUUAAGAGUGGAUACGUUUACAGAGUCAUUGCAGAAAAUUAAAAAAAGCUCAGAUCAGGUAAGAUACUGACUGCUUCUCACUGUCCACAGAACCCUAUUUAAAAAGAUUGAAUUGUCUAUUUAAGGCAUGUCUGUGUGAUCCAUUUUAAAUGGGAGCCAAUAUUAAAACUAACAGUACAAAGCACCUUUUAAUUUAUUAACAUUGGACUCAAAUUAAAAGUCUAACCCAUGUGUCUUUGUUUUAUUUUUAAUUUAAUGAAAACAUUUUAUAAAAAUGGCAAAUUCUUUGAUUAUGACCACAAACUCAGUUGUCUUAUUAGACACCCAAGUGUACAGAUAAAGUCAUUAAGUUAAAAAGUGUAAUUAGGAUGUUACCUGCUACAUUUCACAGUUUAAAAGUAUUUUGCAUUUAUUUGAUGUAACCUCACAGGUCCUUUACAAAGCAUGUGGUAGUUAAAAACCCGACAAGGAUUGCUGCUUUUACAAGCAGCUCAAUUCUGCACAUACUGAAUCUAACACUGUAUUACAGGGUUGGGGUCGAUUCAGGAUGCCUUGAUGGAGUACUCUCAUCACGUACAACACCACAGAAACGAGCAUUAUUAGAGGAUGAUAGUACACUUAACACCAACAGGAGUACACAAAAGUUUAGAUAUAUUUUUUUAGGUUCAAGCUCCAAGUAGAAUUGACCCCACCCUUGCCUAAGCCAUUAUUCUUUGUAAAGUACACACUGUUUCCAGGGAAUUAACUAAAAAAAAAAAAAGAUAUUUGAACGACCUUAGCCAGCUCUUAUACAAUGUUGUUUGUAGGUCUCGAGGCUGUCUGUUUUGUAAAAGAAAAACCACCGAUAACAUUUUUACCCAUUGACUUUCUAUGCUGUUGUUUCUGUAUAAAUGUUCUACUGUUAAGUGCAUGUUGUAACUUUGGCGUUGUGACUGGUUGUGAUUCACACAGAGCCAGUACCUGUCAUGUACAAAAAAAGUGUCUGAAUGUCCUAAGAUAUUUCUAUUUCUUAAGAAAACGCAACAUUUCCCUUGAAUGACUCAAAAUUAAAUAAAUCAAAUCACUUUACAGUUUGA